AUCUAAAAAUAGGCAUUGUACACUGUACUUUCAUUACUAAUUUUUUUUCCCACAUAGGACUGCAAGACAAAUUCACAGGGGUGGCAGAGGGCCCCUUUUCACACGUGAACAGGAGGAGGCCAUUUGCACCAUGGUAAUAGAAAACAAUGCAAUAAGACUAAGGGAGAUACAAAGUGCCAUUAUAGAGGACAACAACCUCUUUCAAAACAUCCAAACAGUCAGCAUCUCAACCAUUGAUAGGGUGCUGAAAAGACACCAAAUGAAUAUGAAGCAGCUCUACACUGUUCCGUUUGAAAGAAAUGGUGAAAGAGUGAAGGAGCUGCGUUACCAACAUGUACAGCGUAUAAUGGAACUGGAAGCAAGUGAACCACCGCACAGCUUCCUCUACAUGGAUGAAGCUGGCUUCAACCUAACAAAACGUAGAAGGCGUGGUCGAAAUAUCAUUGGCCACAGAGCUACAGUUGAUGUGCCAGGCCAACGGGGCGGAAACAUAACCAUGGGUUGUGCAAUCUCUGAGAAUGAUGUGCUAACGCAUAUUCCCAUUAUUGGGCCCUACAAUACAGAGCGUCUUGUCACCUUUUUAGACACUCUCUACAGGGAUCUCAUCCCUGAACAAGAGAGGGGUCAGAUUGGAGAUGACCUGCCAAAGUAUGUGAUCGUUUGGGACAAUGUCAGUUUCCAUCGUUCCAACAUCAUCAGGCAAUGGUUUGCUGCCCAUGACAGGAUGCUGAUGGAGUUCCUCCCACCCUACUCUCCAUUCCUUAACCCCAUUGAGGAAUUUUUCUCAGCAUGGAGAUGGAAAGUAUACGAUCGUCAGCCACAUACACAAAUGACCCUUCUGGCUGCCAUGGAUGCAGCAUGUGACGACAUCACAGCAGAUGCCUGCAGAGGCUGGAUAAGACACUCAAAAAGAUUCUUUCCACGCUGCAUUGCAAGAGAAGAUGUUCGUUGUGAUGUGGAUGAGAAUUUGUGGCCCAACAGACAGGAUCGUCAAGAGGUGUAGGAAGAUUGUAAUUCCUUAAUGUAAUUUCUACAGCACCGCAUGUACAGUUUUUCCUAUGUUCACAUUUCUUCUUUAGGUUUUUUUUUUGUGUGCUAUUCAGUGCUGUCUUUUCAUUUCUGUAUCUCAAUGACAUGUUCUGUCAAUAAAAUACAGUACAAACAGUAAGAGUGUAAAUUUGAAUCUUUUCCAUUCUCUUGCAAUUACACUCACACAUACACUAAGAUGUAAUUUACAAUUGACAAUAAUUGUCAUCAAAACUUUAGCCAUAGUUUCCAUCAGAACAUCCCUCCAGAGUAAACUGUUAUAUUGACAACAUGACUAAACAAUUUGACUGUCUUAUCUGUACACAAUGACACAAGGACUUGUCAUUCUGAUGGCACUGACAUGUUCAUUGACACAGAUAUUUACUUUUGAGAGAUGAACUAAGGAUUUUGAGUAAGAGAGUGGCUUUUGCAGGUUAUCCAUGGUGUUUUGCUAUUUGUACAAAUUGUUUUGAGAAAUACACUUACUGUUUUGCAAAUUUUGAGUUUGAUUCGAGAAAUGUACCAAAGCGACUGAGAAAAACUGUAAAAAGCCCAUAGUCUGACAUCUGACAUAACCUUGGGAAAGUGUUUCUAUGUGACAUCCUGCUGCAUUGCACAUACAGUAUUUGGUGGCAGCUUAUUUUCUGGACUGCAUUGUGUUUUUGCUCUACUUACAGUACAUGUAUGUCACAGAGCUCAGCCUGUGUAAACACAGCUUGUAUAGACUGAUCUACAGUUUUGUCUUUAAAGGACUGUAGCUUUAGCUACUGGGGGGUUCAGUUUCAUGUGAUGGUUUAAGUGGAUAAAAUUGGAGAUACUCUAACAAGUGGCCAGCUGUUUUCUCCCACAGCUCCAGGGAGUGGAAGUAUACCCACAGAUUAAUUUGCUGUGACCAAUCUCUAAUGCUGUAUUAAAUCAUACUGAUUUGAAAUCAUAGUACUCCUUCAUAACAACAACACCACCUGUUAUAGUCACCACUUGGACAGGUAAAUAAAGGCGAAAACGUCUGGAUGUUCUCAAAUCAGAUCUGUGUUAGUGUAACAGCAAAUGAUCUCUAAUGUGUAUUCUCUUUUAUCUACUGUACAUUCAUUUACUCUUUGCUACACUUUGUUUUCCCCAUUUUGUGUUAUUUGUCUCUAUUUGUUGUUUUUUCUCUCUUCUCUCUGUGUGUUUUACGGCCCUGAGUUUUGAGGUGUGUCAUGCAUUCCCUCUAAAUGGGUUGGAAAUAAUCAUGUUACACUGUUGAAUGGCUAAGAUGCAUCAAAAGACAGUUCUAUGUCCCUGUCCUUACUCUACAUACACAAGCACACGCUCACACACACACACACCCGGGCUGCCAGAACAGCUGCUGGAUGUUGAAAUGUUUACCCAGCGCACCAACAAAAGGAAAAUAUGAAACAACAAGUGGAAAGUAGAGUAAAGCAAAAAUAAAAAAAGAAGAGGCAGGAGAAGAGAAACUUUUCAGAAUUCAUCUUUUUUGUGUUUACGUCUACAGUAUGUGCACAGCAGAGUUAUCCAAAGUCUUUGAUUUCAGUAAGUUGUGAUCAGGGAGAGGUUGAGAUUGUCCAUAACAACAUUAUAAAACUAUGUAUUUUCAAUGAUCUAUCUGUGCUUUUAUUGUAGGGAUGGGAAUUAUUGACACAAUUAGCUGAGGUAACUGACCAGUGGACCUAAUUGUGGAAAGUUCAGUGUAGUGGAAAUCUCAUAUCCUUAAGCCCAGGAUCCAUUCUCAUUUUAGCACACACACACACAGAUAUACAUACACACACUUGCACUGUCCUCAUCCUAAUCUCCCUUUCUCUCUGUGCUCCCAAACUGUCUCAGAGGACUGCAGAUAAUUACCUCAUCAGCAUCCGACCUCAUUCAUUUUUAACAGACACCACUGAUCCCACAUCAGCACUAAUGCUUAGUGACAGAGGAGAGGAAACAAAAAGAUGAACAGAAAGAAGGGGAACUAAGGACUAUAAGGAAUUUUAACACCAGCUUUCAUUUUGUGAAAUAUUGUGCCAAAUUACUUCAUUAAGUGUACUGAUGUUCAUAUGAUAUCAAUUGAUCAAAAAAAAGAUUUUAUCAGAGUUAUAAUUAGAAGAAAAGGAAGGAGAAAAGAAGGGGAAAUUGAGGAGGAGAAUAACAAAGUAUUACAUAAGAGGAUGGUGGGAGAAAUAUUAGAGGAGGAGAAGAGGUGACUGAAGAAGGAAGGUGAAUGUGAAGAAAGUCUGCACACGGUACAUGAGCAAUUCCUUGAUAACACAGGGUGUUGGCAUUGUGUUGAAUGUUGUCUUGUUGAGUUGGACUUGUCUUGCAGUCAAUGGGAUGCGAAAGAGGUGAGAAAAGAUGAAGGAUGAGAAGGAACAGGUAGUGAAAAGAGGUGAGCGGUAGGAGAAGUAGGUUGGAGGAAAAGAGUGAAGAAAACAAGAUGUAUGCAAAGAAGGGGGGAAAAGAGGACAAAAAGUUUUACAAGAAUGAGGAAAACAGAAAAAGAAAUGUUUUGGAAUAAGUCAAAAUCAUAUUUCUUUCUCCACUGACUUUUUACAGUUCUUACAUACAUAAUACAUGCA